AUGGAUAAAUAUGAGAACCUAGGAUUGGUUGGAGAAGGGAGCUAUGGAAUGGUGAUGAAGUGUAGGAAUAAAGAUACUGGAAGAAUUGUAGCCAUUAAAAAGUUCUUAGAAAGUGAUGAUGACAAAAUGGUUAAAAAAAUUGCUAUGCGAGAAAUCAAGUUACUAAAGCAACUGAGGCAUGAAAAUCUGGUGAAUCUGUUGGAGGUGUGUAAGAAAAAAAAACGAUGGUACCUAGUCUUUGAGUUUGUUGACCAUACCAUUCUUGAUGACUUGGAACUCUUUCCAAAUGGACUAGACUACCAGGUGGUUCAAAAGUAUUUGUUUCAGAUUAUUAAUGGAAUUGGAUUUUGUCAUAGUCACAAUAUCAUACAUAGAGAUAUCAAGCCAGAGAAUAUAUUAGUCUCCCAGUCUGGUGUUGUCAAGUUAUGUGAUUUUGGAUUUGCACGGACAUUGGCAGCUCCGGGGGAGGUUUAUACUGAUUAUGUGGCCACCCGAUGGUACAGAGCUCCAGAGCUGCUGGUUGGUGAUGUGAAGUAUGGCAAAGCUGUUGAUAUAUGGGCCAUUGGUUGUCUGGUAACUGAAAUGCUCAUGGGAGAACCUCUCUUUCCUGGAGAUUCUGAUAUUGAUCAACUAUAUCAUAUUAUGACGUGUUUAGGUAAUCUCAUUCCAAGGCACCAGGAGCUGUUUUAUAAAAACCCUGCCUUUGCUGGAGUAAGGUUGCCUGAAAUCAAGGAAAUGGAACCUCUUGAAAGACGGUAUCCCAAGCUCCCUGAAGUUGUGAUCGAUUUAGCAAAGAAAUGCUUACAUAUUGAUCCAGACAAAAGGCCCUUCUGUGCUGAACUCCUGCACCAUGAUUUCUUUUGUAUGGAUGGAUUUGCUGAACGGUUCUCUCAGGAACUACAGUUAAAAAUACAGAAAGAUGCCAGAAAUAUUUCUUUAUCUAAAAAAUCCCAAAACAGAAAGAAGGAGAAGGAAAAAGAUGACUUUUUAGGUGAGGAGAGAAACACUCUUGUGGUACAGGAUUCCAAUGCUGACCCUAAAAAUAAGGAUUCUAGAGUAUUAAAGAUAAAAGGGUCAAAAAUUGAUGGAGAGAAAGUUGAAAAAAUCAGUCGAGCUUCAAAUGUCAGCUGUCUCCAUGACAACGGGACUAGCCACAUCAAAACAGUGCCUUCAACAAGCCUCAGAGAUUGCAGCAAUGGCAGUGUGGACCACACAAGGAAUCCAGGCAUGGCUAUUCCUCCACUUACACACAAUCUUUCUGCAGCAGCUCCUGGUAUUAAUUCUGGAUUGGGGACUAUUCCAGGAGUUCAGAGUUACAGAGUGGAUGAGAAGACCAAGAAGUAUUGUAUUCCAUUUGUUAAAGGAACUCAACAGACUCCACCAGGCAUUUAUAAUAUUAACAUGACCAAACCAAUCACUAGUGAAAAGAGCCUCCUUCAGGCAAAUAAGAAAAGAAGAGAAUACACAAAGACAGAUGUCCAUUUGCCUGAAUUAAACUAUAAUCAUCUCCCCGAACUGAGAGCCUUGGAAGGCAUAGCUCGAAAUUCCAGGCUAAUGAGGAAAGAGAACAAAAACCUUUCAGAAUCUCAAAUUCCUUCUCUGGCUGCUAUUGAUUUGCAUGCCUCCAGUGUUACACUGCAUCAGGUACCAGGAUCACCCCUGCCAGAGGACUCGGAGGCUGAUUUACCUUGGAUGGAGCACCAGCACUGA